AUGCCAAAGUUCCCUCGACGAUUGUUUGAGCUUCUGAAGCUCACAGAAGAGAAAGGAUGGGAAGGCAUAUUUUCGUGGGUUAACGACGGCACAGGCUUCAAAGUGCAUGACCGGGAAAAGUUCGAAACGGUCUUGCUUCAGAAGCAUUUCAAUACCAAACGAUAUGCAAGCUUUGCGCGCCAGCUUCAUGCCUAUGGCUUUGAUUGUGUACGAACCGGAAGGAAUACUGGAAUUUACUCUCAUCCACAGUUCAAACGGGACGACCCCAAGGGUUCUGCCAAUUUAAAGAGAAAAAUGGGAAAAAAUGUUUCCAAAGAAACAAUCCAUGGUGUACACAAACAGGAAUUCCAACCCGGUGGUGGUGGAAUCCGCAAUUUUGUACUUGCAGGCGAUACCAUUGUGCUAGUCCCUUCGCUUUUGGAAACCUCUAGCGAAAGCGAUGACAGUAGUCAAAAUUCAUCAUCGGUCAUGUCCAACCUAUACAAUACCAUGCGCUCUCAAGUUGUGCAUCAAACCAAAAAGGCACUUAUCCGAAUCCCCUCUGGAGCUACUACUAUCCAGCAGCAUGAUGAUCUUCCCUUUGGGAAUCAUCGUAUAAAUGGGAAGACUGGGUCCUGGUCGGGCAUCACGACUGCUGGUGGCGGUGGUUCCAUGAACAAUGAUAAUAACAUGAAUGUCCCAUCUCGAAUGCACAUGAUAGCGGACGAUGCGUCUGCCCAAGGAAGCCAGCACUUUGAUGAUCUGGAACCAGUUCCAAUGAGAACCUCGGCGGAAAACAGCACCGGGAAUGGCUCCAUGUUGUUGUUCCAAAAAGAAGAUUUCGAACCGAUACCAUGGUCACCACUACACUCUUCGGACGCAUUCCACUCUUCGGACGACGAUGAUGAUUAUGACGAAGACGAGGACGACGCUAUACCACCCAACCAACUCGAACCCUCUCUCGAACCUCGAACUAUCAACGAGAUGGUCGAACACCCAUCCAGCGCGAACACUUGGAUGUACGAUUCGAUCCCAAUUUUUGCAACUCCGAGACAGCGAGCUUUAGUGGAACUCUCAUUCCCAAUGGUUUUGCCGCUUGGCUUUUACGUCCUGAAUGUUUCUACUUAUGGAAUAUGCUGGAUCACCUUACUCCUUGUUGGACACUUUGUGGAAUGUAUGUUUACCUGGUGGGGAGGCGCAGACGAUAAAAAGGACAAGACGUACACUGAGGAUCUCAGCAUCAAACCUACCAUUGGAAUGCUCCAGCAUCACAUUAUGGACUUGAUGUGGAUCCAUUCACUUCUGUCCAACAUGGUGUUGACACCACACUACUUUGGACCCUCCUGCUUUGCACUCUUUUACCUUUUCAUUGGACUACAGCCAGUCAAUCUUGUCAUUGUAAUCAAGACGCACUAUUGUGAAAGCAAUCUUGAGGGUACAUAUACCCAUGAAAAGUGGUGGAUCGGUGACAUUGUCAAGAAGGUUUUCAUAGGAUACACCUUGACAACGCUGGGUGUUUUUUUCAUGCACUUUUACAACAUGAACUUUUUGCGGAUCCCGAUUGUGUUUGGCUUCAACAUGAUACCACUGUUCGCGUUCGAAUCCUACCGGUACUUGCUAUCAGCACCAUUGACACUACUUGGGCUAGGUGUCGUCUCACAUGCGAAGAAAAUCAGCUAA